UGUUACGGCCAUUCUCUCUCCUCAUUUCACAAAAUUUUCGAGUGGUUUCCAGAUCGACAUUCUCAUCACCACCAUCGAGGUCUCGAGAUUUUGGGUCCGGAGUGCUUCUAGCUGAAAUACUAAGUAUUGAAGUAGUGAUGACGAAGCACCACCGGAGAGAUUCAAUAAAGUCCUUGCUUUGGAGUCACAUUGACCCCGACAAGGAUGAACAACUGCAAGGGACCAAAAUAGAAGUAGAGCAUAAAGUGACAAAAAUCUUGAAGAUCAUCAAGAACGUAGACCAAGAUGGAGGUGGUGGGAGCCGUGAGGGAGACUCUGGGUUGGAACUAGUUGAACUCGUUGAAGAUUUGCAUGGACAAUACCAGACUCUAUAUGCCCUUUAUGAUAAUCUCAAAAAAGAGCUAAGGAAAAAGGUUCAUGGAAGAAAGGAAAAGGACAGUUCUUCGUCUUCCUCCAGCUCAGAUUCAGAGUCAUUUUAUUCAUCAAAGGAAGUAGACAGUAACAAUGGCAACUUGGAAAAUGAGCUCCAGAAGCAGACCGGCCACAUCAAGCAAGAACCUGAAGCUGGAAAUUCAGAGGCCACUACAAUGGAGGAAAAUAAAGCUUUGAGCUCGGAAGCUAAAGCAGGGGAUACAGAAGGGGAAGUUUCAACUCUGACUGAGUCGAAUAGAGCUCAGGCAUACGAAGCAUCAGCUCGGAUAGAGGAGUUGGAGAGCCAGGUGAGUAGCUUGCAGCUUGAGCUGGAAUCCGUUUUGGCCCAGGAGAGAUCACUGGAAGAACGGGUUGAGCGUACAGCAGCUGAAGCAAAAGAACAAUUCGAGGAAAUUUUAGGACUAAGAGCCCGGAUUUCAGAACUGGAAAUGACAUCAAAAGAAAAAGGAGAUGAUGAAAUUGAGGGCGGAGAGAAUGAUGCUUACGCACAGAUUAUGGCCUUGACAGCAGAGAUCAAUACUCUGCAAGUAGAGUUGAAUUCUUUGCAGACCUCGAAGACCCAGCUAGAGAAUCAGAACAAUGAGUUACAAACCAUGAUUGCAGAACAACAGAGAACACUGCAAGAACAGGAUGACACGAUCAACGAGAUGAAUCAGCAGUGUAAACAAGUCAAAGGGCUGCGCAGACAAACCGAGAUGAAUCUCCAAGCCACAGAAAGGAAAGUUGAGGAAAUUGCAGGACAGUUCCGCAAGAAUAUGGAAGACAGUCUCCGCCUGUUGGCCCAGAGGAUCCGGGUUGCCGAGAGACUUCACUAUGAGAACAGAGACUUCUAUCGGACGACGCGGGAGGCGUUAAAGCAAGAACAAAAAGAGCUCGAAGAAAAUAUUGCAGCUCACAAAGCAGAAUUCAGGAAGCUGAAGCGUAUCAUAACGAUAACAAACGACACGCUGAGUGGAUUCGACUUGGUGGCUGAGAGGUUAAGCGAGAGCAGUGGGAUCUUCCUGAGCCGUAUUUCCAAAAUUUCUGAGGAACUUUCAUCUGCGAGGAAGUGGAUCAAAGGGACAAACAAUGAGCUAAAAGAACUGAAGGGUGAGAAAUUGAAUCUGAUCAAGGCCGUGACCCAACUGGAGAAGAGAGUGGGAGAAUUGGAGAAGAUGGUGAAAGAGAAAGACGAGAGGGUGUUGGGUCUGGGAGAGGAGAAAAGGGAGGCCAUAAGGCAACUCUGUAUUUGGAUUGAUUAUCACCGCACUGAUCUCCAUUCUCUCAAAAUCCUUGCAAAGAUGAGCUCCAGAAGACCAAAAACUACUUGAAACUUCUCUGCUUCGUUUUCGUUCCAUUCUGUCCAUUUCCUCCUUGACAAAUUCUUAUUUCUUUCUUCAACAAGUCUGGCAGCCGGGCAGGAAGGCUUGUGGAUUGAAGAGGGAGCUUUGGGUGUCCAUCUGAAAAUGGUAAUGGGUCAAAAAGUAUGAAAAUAGAGGUAGCCUUCCUAAUUCCUGUUAUCAUUUUGAAUAUGAAACUUGAAAGGUCAUUUUCAUUCAUUCCUUGUUGUUUGCUGUGUCAAUGGUUGAAGUCAUAAUAUAAAAGGGAAUUACCCUUCUUUCUC